AUGCUGGGCAUGGCAGAUGACGAAAGCUCUGCAGGCUCCGAGAGCGAAGUCUCCUCCAACGGCGAAGAAUUCGAACACGAUGAGGCUGUCGAAGGCCGCCGGCAGGCACGAAUGCUGCGAAAAGUUCUCACUCGCUUGGAGGGAUCGGUCCUGAGGGCUUGGCGCAAGGCCUUUGAUGCCGAGGGCGAUGGACGCAUCAACGAGUUCCAAUUCGUGCGGCUCUGCCGACAGGUCAAAUUCUUAGGUGAUCCGUGCCUGGUCUUCCGUUUCUUGGACGACGACAGCUCAGGUGAGCUUACGCUGGAAGAAGUACACAAAGAACAGAACGACCUAUGGGCCGCUUUUGUUGAUUUUUGUGCAGAGAGCUUCGCCGGAUCACUUGACAUGAUCCAGAAGCUGAACGGUGGUGGCGAGCGGAAAGUCAGUUCACAACAGUUUCAAGAAGGUCUACACCGAUAUGGAUGGACAGGCGGUUACGAGCUCCUCCUUUUUGAUGCAGUUGACCUUGGAGGCGAUGGAUUUAUCGAGUCUGGAGACUUGAAGUGGUUGGACAUUCAGCAAAAGCCGGCACCUAAACUGUUGAGUCCUCCCUGUCUAUUGAUCGGUGUGGCAAACUUCGCAUGCCAACUAAAUUCGCCACUCGUUUGUUCACCUGGGCUUCAGCCUGCUCGAGAGAAACACGCUCUUGUUCCAGCCUUCGCUCAGCACUCCUCAUGUCGGCCUCCAUUGCCGUCCGUCCAGCUGCUUGGUGAGAAUUGGGCAAGCGGUCCGGAGCGUGGUGUUUCGAAGCAUAAACAGCUUUGA